AUCCAGGAAGUCCCAAAUACGCAAAAACCGCUACGUUAGCACAAAAAAAAAAAGGGAGGCGUGAACGAGUAGAACACAAAGCAUCCGUUUAACCUUUGAACCGUCUUCCUUUCACUCCACGACGAGUCACAAGACCGAUUCCCGGUGAUUCUCUCGAAUGUCAAUGCCAACGGUAAGCAAGGAGAGACACUCGAGCGUUCCAAGGAAAGCAACAAGAGGGAUUUGCACUCGCGUCUUGCUUGCAUCAUCUAGAAACUUCGGGUUCACAGUAACACAACUUUCUUAAAGUCAUGACCACGGUCCACUUCAACCCGGGUUCGGAUUCAGGUGUCAAUGGAAGUGUGGCAAGGAUGGAUGAUGCCAAAGUGGAGAUUGACAACGGGCAGGCUGACGCUAUGGAACCAGACACUAUGUACCACAAUAUCCGGAAGAAAAUUGCCCCCUUUGUUAUGUCCUUUGGAUUCCGUGUUUUUGGAGUGGUACUGAUCCUCGUUGACAUCGUGCUGGUCAUCGUGGACAUUUCUCUGCCAGCCAGGAGCAGAGAAGUGGGAAAUACUCUUGAGACCGUGUCCCUGAUUAUCUCCUUCUUCUUCCUGGCCGAUGUUCUUCUCAGGAUCUACGUGGAAGGAUUCAAAGUUUACUUUGGCUCCAAGCUGAACAUCAUUGACGCCUGUGUCGUGGUGGUCACAUUGGUGGUCACCAUGAGCUACACCUUCACUGACCUGUCGGGAGCCAGCCUCAUUCCAAGGGUGGUUUCCUUUCUGCGUUUCUUGAGAAUUAUCAUCCUGGUGAGGCUGUUCAGGCUAGCGGCUCAAAAGAAAGAGCUGGAAAAGGUCACAAGGAGGAUGGUGUCCGAGAACAAGCGGCGCUACCAGAAGGACGGCUUUGACUUGGACCUCACCUAUGUCACAGAUCGGGUCAUCGCCAUGUCUUUCCCUUCAUCUGGGAAGCAGUCGUUCUACAGGAACCCAAUCAAGGAGGUGGCUCGCUUCCUUGACACUAAACACGAAGGCCAUUACAGAGUUUACAACCUUUGCAGUGAGAAAGGCUACGACCCCAAGUUUUUCCACUACAGGGUUGAACGGGUUUUUAUCGACGACCACAACGUUCCUUCUUUAGAGGACAUGCUGAAAUACACCACGGGUGUGAGGGAGUGGAUGUCGGCUGAUCCCAAGAACGUCAUCGCUAUUCACUGCAAAGGAGGGAAAGGUCGUACUGGUACUCUAGUUUGCACGUGGCUUAUCGACAGCGACCAGUUUGAGAGUGCACAGGACAGUCUGGAGUAUUUUGGGGAGAGGAGGACAGACAAGAGUCGAAGCUCCAAGUUUCAAGGAGUGGAGACGCCCUCUCAGAGCAGGUAUGUGGGCUAUUAUGAGAUCAUGAAGACAAAAUUCAACAGACAGCUUCCACCUCCAAAGAGCCUCAAGAUCAAGAGCAUUCGCAUCCACUCCAUAGCAGGUGUGGGCAGAGGUAACGGCAGCGACUUGAAGGUGAAGAUAAUUGUCAGGAAAGAGCUGGUUUUUCAGUGUGUGUGCGCCACGCAGGAGAACUGCACAGUGUUUCCCGACGUGGGCAGCAAUGCAGCGGUCAUCAGCCUCCAGAAUGGGCCUGAGGUUCAAGGGGACGUCAAGGUCAUGUUUGAGUCCACCGCUGGUAUCCCUAAAGGAUAUGAAGAUGUUCCCUUCUACUUCUGGUUCAAUACUUCCUUCAUAUCAGAUAACAAGCUGUUUUUACCCAGAGAAGAAUUGGACAACCCGCACAAGCCCAAAAUGUGGGACUUGUACAAGGAGGACUUCGGCGUCACCAUGUUGUUCUUGGAUGUCUAGUAUUGUUAUAAUAAAUGUUCUUUAGCAAGGUGG